GAUGACCUGUGGGGUAACCGUAACACUGCUGAUAACGCUUCUUUUUUUUCUUGUCAACCGACUGCGGCAAAGAAAGACACAAGCGCAGGAAAAUCAACUGGCGAUGGAUGAUCAGCGUAGUAUGGAGAGCAUUGGCUACAUCGGUGGAAACAUUGGUUACAUAGGAGCUGGAACGAUGGAUUAUUCCUACGAACACGGAACAACUCAUUACCAGUUUUGGAAACCGCCUGGUAGUUAUUUUACCAGGAGAGAUGCACCACCGCCAUACGAAGAGGCAAUUGCUUUAGCUAUGGCAGAAUCUUCAAAUACUUGCACUGUAAGUGUUGCAUCAUCCAAUCUUUGUCAAUAUCCAAUAGCUCUAAUGGAGGCCAAUGCAGGUUGAAAUGUUGCUGCAAGCACUACCAAUUUGAUAAACAUUAAUAUAAAUAAUGGAGAAAACUCUAGUGCUACGGCCUCAGGAGAGAAUCAUAGCUGUAACACUGAACCAGAUUCAAAUAUAAUGUCUAGAUCAUCCAGAGUAGUGCACAGAGCAAAUGACUUUAAAUCAAAUCACGAAUUGAACAUGUCAUUUCCCACUAUAAAUUACAAUAUAACAGCAGGUGCAUCUAAUUUGUGUACAAACCAAAAUUGCGAUUUAAGAAUUCCGAAUGUGCAGCAAGACGGGAUGUUAAACUCUAAAGAGGCUCGAAGUUAUACUAGCACACUAAUUCCAUGUUCCUCGAGAGCAACUCUAAAUGGAGAGGAUCCGAAAGACAUAAUAGGAGAAAUUGACAGCGUUGAGAGUCGUGCUACUAUCUCUUCAAUAAAACAUGAUGAUUUAAAGAACAACGUUGGAAACCACGUAGAACCAUCAUCAAUAGAAUUGCGCUCAACAGGCAAGCAGUAUCACAGAACAAUUCCUAAACAUUUCUCUGUCGAGGGACAAAUUCAAGGCUCAUCAAAAAACACAUUAGACUCUACGGUGGACGAUGUAAACAAUACCUUAUGUACAAAUGAGUACGUAAAUAAAAAUAACUUUAUUGAUUUGACUUUUAAUGGAGUAAAGAGACUUUCUUGCCAAUGCCCAGUAAAGCAUACGCCAAUAUCCAAUAUAUCGUCUUACGCAGUUGGAAUAGAUCAGACUCUCAUCAAUGAAAUGGAUUUAGCUACAUCUAACGUGAAAGGAACAUAUAAUAUUAAAACCCCUAUGAAACAAACCACUUUCAGACCAACAAAAAAUAAUGAAUUAUCAAACUAUGAAGGAUCUGCAUGUAGAACGAAGCAGUGCCAUUCCACACAUGGCAUGCGAAGUAAAGGCAAUUUAUCAAAAAAUGUCAGAUAUUACGAUGGAAGUAUAAAAAAAGAUUUCUCUAAAAACAGUUAUUGCAAACCGAAACUUGAUGCAGAGGCAAUAAUUGGUAAGGAAAAAACUUCGGAACAAGGGCUCGACUAUGUUGCCAAAUCAAUUGUACCUUUAGUAAAGGAAGACUCAAACAUGUCUCGUGCAGUUGAUAUAAACCAUGGCCGUGUUAAAGCAGGUGUUGAUAUAUCCAUGAACAUUGAAGUCAUCCAAAGAAGUUCAUCAAUCAAUAAUGAAGAAUUCCCAAAACAUAAAACAUGUAUGGAGCAGAAUCCAGAACUUCCACCUAAGCAGUAUAAAUAUAGUGGUGCUUCAACGAGACUAAGCCAUAAUUCAUAUUACAGUAACUCAAAAAUUCAUACCAUUUCCAAACCGACAAAAGAGAAUGCCAAAUUUUCAAUACAUGCGAGCGAAUUAAAUGGAGUCUUCAAAGCAUCCGAAACUAGUUGUACGAAAUCAUUGCCAAGAAAUGUUGUACAUAAUAAAACAGAUUAUAUGAAAAACUACAACUCUCGUAAAUCUGCUUUCCAACAACACAGUAAUCUCGAAAGAAGUACCAAAACCGGUAAAUGUCAUACGUUGUCCAAAGAGUACACUAAAGCAAAUUCUCGCAGCCAAAAUAUGCUUACAGAAGUAGUAAGCAAAAUACCGUCGGUAAUCAAUAUACCAUCACCACUUUUACCAGAAACAUUCAAGUCAUUAGAACAAUGCGCGGUUGACUCUGCAACUAAACUGGCAAUGUCUCAAAAGAUGACCAAACAAAGGCAUGAAAAUUCAUUAUGUUAUAAAAAGUCCACAAUGGCAACUUCAACAAACAGCCUUAUGAAUGAAUCUUCCGGAAUGGGAAGCGUCAAAACAACAGGAACGAAGGAAACCCCGCCGCUAGUAACUUCAGUCCGUUGCGAUAAUUCUAAAAAGCACUUCUUAACAAACGACAACAGCUUGGAUGACGAAUAUUUAAGUGAAUGUGAAAAUUGUAAAUCUGCUCACAGUUCUCGUUAUUAUUUAGAGGAAGAAAUUGAUGAUGCACCACAAGAGACUAUGACUCUACAACGAAAAAUGCCAGAAAAUGAAGAAGACCAACAAAAUUAUUAUCGUGUAUCUUCCACACUGCCGACGAACACAAAUAAAAAGUUGCCGACCAUAAAAAAUCGAGAAUCUUGGUUCACUACUAUACCAGCAAGUUCAUCAUCAGACGAAGAGGAAACAGAAACGAAAAAGGUGUCAUAGAUAUAAUUUGCAUGCAAUUAUAAAUGUAAACACGUGA